AUGAGAGCGGGUCUGAAAAUUCAAAUAUCGCGUCCCUAGCCCGCUCUCUCCAUAUUUCACAGUUGAUAGAAAGAGAGGCAGAGCGUACUGCGUUACUGAAUAGUCGAUCUAACGGUAAUUCCACCACCAACACGAUAGGCGAGUGCGAUUCUCCCUCUCUUCGCCGAUCCAAAAUGUCGGGUCGCCCAGAGAAAGAAAAAGGCGUCAACGUUCAGGUCCUCCUUCGUUGCAGGCCAUUUAGUGAAGAUGAAUUGAGGAACAAUGCGCCGCAGGUUGUCACUUGCAAUGAUUACCAGAGGGAGGUCUCUGUUUCUCAGAAUAUUGCCGGGAAGCAUUUCGAUAGGAUUUUUACCUUUGAUAAGGUUUUUGGCCCUUCAGCUCAGCAGAAAGAUCUUUACGAGCAAGCAGUUGUCCCAAUAGUGAAUGAAGUAUUAGAAGGUUUUAACUGUACAAUCUUUGCUUAUGGACAAACUGGUACUGGGAAAACAUACACGAUGGAAGGUGAAUGCAAAAGGUCAAAGAGUGGUCACAAUGGAGAAUUGCCUCUUGAAGCGGGGGUCAUACCUAGAGCUGUCAAGCAAAUUUUUGAUACACUUGAAAGCCAGAAUGCAGAAUACAGUGUGAAAGUUACCUUCCUAGAAUUGUACAAUGAAGAGAUCACUGAUUUGCUUGCGCCUGAAGAACUCUCUAGGGUUAAUUUGGAUGAUAAGCAAAAAAAACAGCUGCCUCUCAUGGAGGAUGGGAAAGGUGGUGUUCUUGUGAGAGGUCUGGAGGAGGAAAUUGUAACAAGUGCAAGUGAGAUUUUUACUUUACUGGAAAGAGGUUCUGCAAAACGUCGUACUGCGGAAACUUUUUUAAACAAGCAAUCGAGUCGGUCGCAUUCUUUGUUUUCCAUCACCAUACAUAUCAAGGAAGCAACUCCAGAGGGUGAAGAACUAAUCAAAUGUGGCAAGCUAAACUUGGUUGAUCUAGCUGGUUCUGAAAACAUAUCUCGUUCUGGAGCUAGGGAGGGCCGUGCAAGGGAAGCUGGUGAAAUCAAUAAAAGCUUACUCACUUUGGGCAGAGUCAUCAAUGCCCUUGUGGAGCAUCUUGGGCACAUCCCCUACAGGGACAGCAAGCUUACCAGAUUGCUUCGUGAUUCACUCGGCGGAAGAACAAAAACAUGUAUCAUAGCCACAGUGUCUCCUGCUGUUCAUUGUCUGGAAGAGACAUUGAGUACCUUGGAUUAUGCACACAGAGCCAAAAAUAUUAAAAAUAAGCCUGAGGUCAACCAAAAGAUGAUGAAAUCUACUCUUAUCAAAGAUCUCUAUGGGGAAAUUGAACGACUUAAAGCUGAGGUUUAUGCUGCACGUGAGAAAAAUGGCGUGUAUAUCCCAAAGGAGCGAUAUUAUCAGGAGGAGAGUGAAAGAAAGGCUACGGCAGAUCAAAUUGAACAAAUGGGAGUUACCAUAGAAACUAAACAGAAGCAACUUGAGGAGCUGCACGAGAAAUAUAUUGCUCAGAUUCGACAAUGCUCUGAUCUGAGCGGCAAACUUGAUACCACUGAGAAAAACUUGACUCAAACCAACAAAUUACUCGCAAAUACUGAUGAAGACUUGAAGAAGUGUCGUUAUGCUCUCAAGGAGAGGGAUUUUAUUAUUUCAGAGCAGAGAAAAGCAGAAAAUGCUUUGGCUCAUCAAGCUUGUGUUUUACGCUCUGAUUUGGAGAAAGCUAAUCAAGAUAAUGCAUCAUUGUUUCUGAAAAUCGGUAGAGAGGACAAGCUGAAUACUGAUAACAGAGCCAUAGUGACCAACUUUCAAGGGGAGGUUUCACAGCGAAUUGGCUCUCUUUGCAAUAUGGUAGAGGAAUCAAUGUCCCGGCAAAAUGGACACCUUCAAUGUGUCGAGAAACUUUGUUCUUCUUUUUUGAAUAUACAUGACAAGGCAGUUGUUGACUUGAAGAAGAAAUUGACAUCGUCAAGGGCUUUGUACAUGUCCCACUUUGAAGCGGUGCAAAAUGUUGUGCGCCUUCAUAAGACCAAUUCCAAUGCUGGCUUGGAGGAAAUUCAUUCAUUGGUUUCUUCUAAUGCAAAUUCUGUUGAAGAAUUGCUAGCAUCAGAGACUGGUCAAGCAGCUUCUAUAUUUGAUGAUCUUCAAGGUACUCUUUCAAGCCACCAGGGAGAAAUGGCUCUUUUUGCUAGGGAGCUGCGGCAGAGGUUCAAUGUGAGUGUGGACCACACAAAGCACAUCACUGAUUACACUAACAAAUUUCUCGGUGAGCUAUAUGAAGAAUCCAAAAGACUUGAGAACCACACAGCACAAGCUGGUGAAGUUCAAAUGAAGAGCAUUACUGAUUUUCAAAAGGCUUAUGAGGAAAAGUCUAAAUAUGAGGCAGAGAAGCUUAUUGCCGAUAUGACCAAUCUGGUCUCUAGUCACAUCCAGCGGCAGAAGGAGCUGGUGGAUGCAAGGCUCAUUGAUAUCCGAGAAAGUGCUGUUACAAACAAGACAUUUUUAGAUGCGCAUGUUACAUCAAUGGAGAGUAUUACUACAGAUGCAAAACGAAAAUGGAAUGAAUUUUUGAUGCAAGCUGAGACUGAUGCUACAGAUUGUGCGGAUUACUCUGCUGCCAAGCAUUGUCGUAUGGAGUUACUACUACAGCAAUGUGUAAGCACAGCUGAAUCAGCUUUCAGGCAUUGGACAAAGACACGUGAAUCAGUGAAUGAGGCAAACAAUAAGCACGUGGACACAGUGGUUUCACUCAUCAGGAAUGCUUCAGAUAUUAAUGACCAGCAUGGUACUGAGAUUGACUGUGCAAGGCUUGCAGCUCAGGAAGACGUGACAAAGAAUAGCGAAGAUGUCAUUCAGCUCAUGGACAGUGUCUCAGAUCAGGAGCGGGAGUCUAUAUCUGGAAUAUGUGAGGCUGUCCAAGCUCAUGCAAAUACCAUUAAGGUCUUCAGGGAGGAGCACUCCGACCAAUCUCGUUCAAUCGAAACGAAAGCUCAGGAGACUUUUCAGGAGAGAUACAGGGAUUAUGAGCCUAGUGGAAAAACACCGAUAAGAUGUGAACCAGAGAUUCCUAGUAAGGGAACGAUCGAGUCACUACGAGCCAUGCCAAUGGAGGUUCUUCUUGAGGAAUUCAGAGAAAAUAAUUCGUAUGAAUCAUUUGAGGUACCUUCUGGGAUUGUAAUAUCGGAACCUACCCCUGAUGGAUAAACAUUUGUUCUAGUAAAGUUCUUUAAGAUUGAUGUGUACUGCUCAGAAGAUCAAGGCUAAUCUUGUACCAAAAGGCAUUUCAUCCAGUCUAAUGCAGAGGUAAAUAUCCCUGUUCCGAUAAAUUGCAAGGUCAAGCCAUUAUAUAUUCCUCCUAUAUUUGUGCCCUGAUCUGCCGAUCAUGUGUAUAUAUAUAUAUAGGCGUACUUAAAGCCUUAAACACUGAUAAAUGUACAGUCUUGCAUGGAUUACGGCUGCUCUAGGAUUUCAUUAGACUACUAGAGUAGCAACAUGAAGAAUUUAUGCUCAAAACUGUUGGGGAAGUCUUUUCUGGAUUCUUACAUUCCAUUGUUUGAGAAAAAUAAUUCUCUCUCAUUGUAUAAAGUAGCGCAUUGGGCACUUUCCACCUCAGGGAGACGUGUCAUAUAUGGUUUUAGUGCAUUAUGUAUAUGUUCAUGCUC